AUGCUGGAAUGGAUCGGUGUCCUCCUCCUGGCAGCCACGGUCUGGCCAGUCCUCAAAUAUUUGGGAGUCCUAAGGGCGCCUGUGAUGGUAGCAAACGAAGGGAGCGCGUCGGACCAUAGAAAUGGGACGGAGCCUAAAGUGCAUGGACAAGCAGGUGAAUCAACAUCAUCAUCAGGAGCAGCAUCAGGCACUGUCGUGUUUACCUGCAAACCAUCCACAUUGGCCAACUAUUUGCUCAAGCACUGCUCAAGUUUUAGUAAAUAUCUGCCCAUCCCGGCGUGGCACUGGAGGGCGAGUCCGUGUUUACAGACGCUUUGGGGGUUUUUAUGGCCAUGUGAUUGCCAGGUCCAUUUUAUUCGGGAUUAUUUACAGCUGAGUGACGACGGCCUGGUUGCUCUGGACUGGGCUGUUUUUGGUACCAAAAGGAGGAGGACUUGCAGCAAUUCCACCAGCCCCAUCCUUCUGAUCAUCCCCAACUCUUUUGGAAAGAUCACCAGUAAUGUGCUGAAGCUCUGUGAGGCAGCCCUGAGUCACGGCUACCUCCCCGUGGUGUUUAACCGGCGCAGUCAGAAUGGAACUCCGCUCAACACUAUCAAGCUGCAGGAGUUCGGAGACCCAGCUGAUCUGCGUGAAGCGGUCCGCUAUAUUCGCUACCGCCAGCCUGUGGGCCGCCUCUACGCGGUGAGCGAGAGCACCGGUUCAGGACUGCUUCUGUCUUAUCUGGGCGAGUGUGGUUCAUCAAGUUAUGUGACCGCCGCCGCCUGCCUGUCACCCAUCUUCCGCUGCCAGAGCUGGUUCGAGAAUGGUCCUGCCUGGCCCUGUCAUUGGCCAAUUCUGCUCUACCAGAAGAUCAGCCUCAGCAGGUACAGGACAGUGCUGGGGGAGCUGGUUCACGUCGACAGUCUGUUCUCCAGCUGUUCCCUGAGGGCCAUGGAGGAGGCGUUGUUCUGUCAGUCCGGUCUGAAAACGGCGCCUGCUGACGGAGCCUGGGAGGCCUACUGGGAACGUAACGACGCGCUAAGGGACGUGGACGAGGUGGCCAUCCCUGUGCUGUGCGUGUGCAGCCGUGACGACCCCAUACGCGGCGAGCCUCGGGACACGCUGCCCCUCGAGCUCUUCGAGAGUAACCCUCACUUCUUCCUGCUGCUGACAGAAAGCGGAGGCCACAGCGGCUUCUCUACCGCUGACCAAGGCCCCGUAUUCUGGAGCCACCGGGCCGUUCUUGAAUUCUUUAGAGCCACUAGUGACUUCUUCGCCGCCGAGGAGCGGGCUAAGCUGCAGGCCAGGCGGCGAGGGAUGAACGUGGCAGCCAAGGCUUUCCGGCAUCGCAGUAUGAGCACGUACAAGAAGUUACCGGUUUGCACGCAUAACAUUCACACCAUUUAUAACUGGCAGAGGUCUUACACUAGAUGA